AUGGACCAGCCGUUGGGUUGUGCAAGAGCAGACGCAGUGAACAAGAACAAAGUGCACCAGCACAAGUGUCAGGAACAAGUGCCUGAGGCACUGUGUCAUCCUCCUUCACGUCGCCACGAUCAAUCCCCUGAAGAAGCUGCUCACAUGGAAUCUCCGCGGAUCCGCCACGAGCAGACUGACUUUGGCGGUGCGAUUGUGAUAACGGCCUCGGAUCUAUACCCAUCGCUCGGAGCGUCCACCCACGUCAGUCUGACACCUUCGACUGUCUGCGCUCUGUUGGAAGAUUGCUUCAUGCGUUCUUUCCCACUGUUCUGCCUCGCAGUGAUGUUCCGUUGGAGGCCAAUGCUCUCAAGCGUACGAUUCAAUGGUCUUACCAGAACCUGCGUCGACUUCGGAUCCAGCAUUGAUCCGACAUUCGCCUUUAUAGAGACUACUGUCCCUCAGAGGCCCGACGAUGCCGAAGCAAGAAGCCCUGCUGAAACUGCCGGCCACCGACAUCCGAAGGAGAAGGUGACAGUUGGCGGCUACAUUGAAGAAACUGUCCUGCUCCUCUCGCCCGUUUUGGCUGGUGAUGGAUGUGUCGAACAAGGUUAG